AUGUCUGCACGUGGAAAGAAACAAGCAGUGGCUGGCAAGCCUGGAAGUGCAUCAAGGAGAAGCAAAUCAGCCAGGGCAGGUCUGCAGUUCCCUGUGGGUCGUGUCUAUAGAUUCCUCCAAAGAGGGAAGUAUGCUGAUAGGAUUGCUUCUGGUGCUGCCAUCUACCUGGCUGCAGUAAUGGAGUACAUGGUAGCAGAGGUCCUGGAGCUGGCAGGGAAUGCUGCACAUGAAAACAAGAAAACAAGGAUCCUGCCAAGGCACAUUCAGCUAGCUGUGAGAAGUGAUGAAGAGCUGAACAAAUUCUUUGCCUGUGUGACCAUUCCUCAAGGCGGGGUUGUACCAAAGAUCCUCUCUCAGCUCCUUCCAAAGAAAACUAGUAGAACUGUUGCUUCAUCUCAGGAAUAUGGUGGUAGCCACUGA